AUGAAGAGCACUAAAAGAAGUCAUGAUUUUAAAGCAUUAGAGUUGAAAGUAAAUGAAAACUCUGUUUCACCUCACACCAUAUAUUUUAAAGAACAUUCAGUAAGAGAACAUACAGAUGAAAAACCUUCUGGAAGAACUCUUUUUAUUGUUAAUAUUCCACCCUAUGCUGAUGAAAAAGGUCUUAGAAACGCUUUUAGUAAGGCAGGCACAAUAAUCUCUGUUAUUUUUUCUGAGAAACCUAGUUCAGAAGUAUAUGAAGAUAAAUUUAUUAAAGAACUAAAGAAGAUAACUUUUCAAGUGUGCUAUUUAGUUUUCAGUAAAGUUUCAGAGUUGGAUAAAGCACUUAAAUUAACACAAUUAUGCCCUAUGAAUUCAAAUGGCCAUGAAAUAAAAGUUGGUAUGAAAAAAUGGAUAGAAGAAUAUAAUAACUCUAUAGAACAAUCGAAAGUAAUGAAAGAAAGAAUAGAAAAAUUCAUGAAAGACCAUGAUAAAAAAACUGAAAUUAAAGAAAAGAAAGAAAAGGAAUUAGAACAAGAGGAUGAUGAAGGAUGGGUAACAGUUACUAAAAGAGGUAAAGUCCAAAGUUUUGCUCGGAACGAAAAAGUUGAGAAUAAAAUAAUGGCUAAGGAAGAUAGAAACAAAAAGAGAAAAGAGUUACAGAACUUCUACACAUUUCAAAUCAGAGAGUCCAAAAUGAAACACAUUGUAUCUCUAAGACAAAAGUUUGAAGAAGACAAGAAAAAGAUUGCACAUAUAAAACAAAGUCGUAGAUUUAAGCCAUUU